AUGUCUCUCAUCAAGUCAAGUAAAGGAAAUGAUCAACUUCUUCUCGAUGGUUUCCGUUAUCGCCGAGAUAAUGCAGUGUGGCGCUGUGUAAAGGACAAGUGUAAAGGUCGUGCUCGUUCUGAUGGAAAUUCGUUUAAAAUGUACCAAGAUCAUAUAUGUCAAGCGCCAGAUCCGGACGAAAUUGAAAAAGCUUUAUAUAAUUAUGAAAUUAGGAAGAAAGCUGCCGAAUGUCAUGAUACACCAAGAUUAAUAAUACACGAAGCUCGACUUAAAUUAUCUUCAGAUGCUGCUAUUACUAGUCCUCAAUAUAAUGCAUCACAACGUGUUAUUCAACGUAUUAGAAGAGAUGAUAAUAUUCCAUCAGAACCUAAAACAUUCGCCGAUAUUGUUAUUCCAUUAAAUUUUCAAAAUACUAUUACGAAUCAAAAGUUUCUUUUAUAUGAUAAUAAUGAUGUUAAUCGUCGAUUAUUGAUAUUUGCAAGCAAAGAACAAUUGGAUUUUUUAAAUCAAUGUGAAAGUUGGCAUUGUGAUGGUACAUUUGCUGUUGCUCCUAAAAUGUUUGAACAAAUGUACUCUAUACAUGGUUCAAUACGUGGAACAAGCUUACCAUUAGUUUACUCACUUUUACCUAACAAAGAUGAAAAAGCUUAUGAAGAAUUAUUCAAAAUUGUCAAACAACAUGUUACACGUAAACCAAAAUACCUUUCAAUCGAUUUUGAAAAAGCAGCUGAAAAUUCAUUUGGUGUUAUAUAUCCCGAAUGUGAAAUAUUUGGGUGUUUUUUUCAUUUCAAGCAAUGUAUCUGGAGACAUAUUUGUGUAAGUUUAUUUGGUUCAUAAUGAGUUAU